CGGUUUCCCUUCUGUUAGUUGACUCUUCCUCUGUCAAAUUUCUUUCUCUACCUUGUCAACAUGGCGGACCAAACUGAAAAGGCCUUUCAAAAGCAACACACUGUGUUCCAAAACAAGAAGAACCACACCAAAAAAGUCAGGUUGUCCCGUAGUGUGGGUCUUGGAUUUAAGACUCCCCGUGAGGCAAUUGACGGAACCUACAUUGAUAAAAAAUGUCCGUUCACUGGAAACGUAUCAAUUCGUGGACGUAUCUUGACUGCUGUUGUCCAGAAAAUGAAGAUGCAGAGGACAAUUGUUGUUCGUCGUGAUUAUCUUCACUUUAUUAGGAAAUACAGCCGUUUCGAAAAGAGACACAGGAAUAUGUCUGUACAUUUGUCACCUUGCUUCAGAGACGUUGAAAUCGGAGAUGUUGUUACCAUUGGUGAAUGUCGUCCACUAUCCAAAACCGUCAGAUUCAACGUAUUAAAGGUGACAAAAGGCACAAGCUCCAAAAAGAGCUUCAAAAAGUUUUAGACAUAAAAUGUAGAAAUAAAUUUUUCUAAGUUAACCCAUCCAAAUGUUUCAUUUAUCAAGAAUCCAUAAUCCCAA